AUGUGCUGUAUUGAGAACUUCGGUGCCAAGAUCCCGCUGCCGCCCUCCCGGUUGCCCCUCAGCAUCAGGUCUGAAGCUGCUACAAAACUUCCCGUCAAUACUUCCACCACCAUUCCGGGAGACGUAUGCCAAACACAAAGUCAAUUAACUGUUGCCGUUCAGAUGUUUGCCGCUACACCCGCACAGAAAGAUACAUUCUAUGCGGUAGCAGGCACAAUAGCAGACCCACCAGCAAGCGACAAUGAUGAUGCAGAAGGCUCUAAGGAGUUGCAGUCGACUAAGUUGCCUCCCAGUUCUUAUUCAUUUUGCCGCAUAUCGAAACAGGAUGAUGACCCCCAACACCAAUCUCGACUUUGGCAAGUGGGAAAACUGAUCAUGUCUGAUUUUCGGGAGGCCGAGUGGUACCAAAACCAGGGAUGGGUCGUUGUUAAUAUAAGUGGAGAGGAUGAAGACAAGCAGCAGGAGGAGUCUUGCGUGGGGCAAACUACCUAGUUAUACCCAGCAUUGUAAUUUGGUCGGAUAUCUGGGGCGUGGGCGGUCGAGAAAGAGAAAAUGCCUAACGCCUGACAAAUUUUUGAAAUGUCUAGGUAGUUAU